AUGGAAGAUCUAACCAACGUUAAUCAAUGUACAAGUAUAUCUGAAUUGAUAACUAAAGAAGUCGAAAUAAAGGAUAAGUCAAAAGAAGUAGAUGAAAAGUUCGACUCUUUAUAUGAAAAGAUAACAAACAAUAAUGAAGGCGAAAACUUUGAAGCUAUCGUUUCAAUAAAUAAGUCAAGUAAAACUGCUGUGAUAACUCCAAUUGUAAGGAAGAAGACCCUGGUUGAUUACGAAUCGAGUGAAAGUGAGUCGGACGAUCUCAAAAACUCUGGUGCAGUAACGCCUCAUCCUAAACUAGUGCCAAAAACACCAAGACAAAAAAGACAACGUGCAGGUACUCCACAUACAAAGAAACUGUUUCCGCUUAUGCGACAGAAGGUUGUGGAAGAAUAUGAGGAAACUAUUAACGAUGACGACUAUGAUAGCUCACCGGUUACAAACAAAACUACAUCACUGAGACAUGAUGCUACAGAUGGUACUCAAGCUGAAAUGACAACCCCAACAUCACAUGUACAGCAUAAUAUUUUGAAAUUGGCACUAGCUGUCACAACAAGUACUCCCACACAUCCUGUCGCUGGUGGUUGGUCAAUGUUUCCUGAACAAGGAGCAGACUCACCACUAUCAGAAAUCGAAAAUCCUGAGAGUCCUGCACAAAAUCUCACAAAUGAGGCUUCGAAGAAUGAAAAUUUUGCACCAAAGUUAAAAAGCAUUAUCAUCACUGGCACUCGACUCCGUCUCGGUAGCCAAGAUAGCUCUGAGAAACACGUUACAUUCCAAGAUUCUGCAAAUAGUACUGAAGUUUCAUCAAUAAAAACAAAAAAAGUUAAAUUUGCCGAUGGCACCGUAUUUGAGCAAGAAAACAAAUUAAAAAGAGUGUAUCGAAAACCAAAACGCCUGCUUACGCCUGGUCCACAAAAGAAAUACUGCCUCAAUCCACGCUUUCAAGCUCUAAUUAACCGGUUUGAAAAUAACGGACAAACAAUGGCAAGAACACCUAUUCAGAAUAAAGAAAAAAUCCCAGACAGUACACCACCGGUGGGUGAACAUGCUCACAUGCCGGCAAGAGCAAUAAACUUCAAAGAAGACAGUCCUAUUGUGGAAAGAGAAAACACCUUAAAAGAAUCGAAUGAAUUAUUCAAGUCUUGCGUUGAAUCACCCGUUCAAAACGUUGGUAUAAACAAUGCAAUUACAGCACUCACUACUAAUAUAGCUGGGUCACUUCAAAAUUGUCUUAGUUCUGUUUUGAAAGCCAGCGAGGAGGAAACUGAGAUACAAUUUAAAUUUGUCAUUACUAAAAAGAAAGUCAGCGUUAAAAGGAUUGUGGACGACAAAGAAGGGGUCGAUGAAAGGUCCAGUGAAAUCGAAAGGAAUGUGGAAUCAAAUAAAGAAAAUAUCUGGUCGAGUGUUGCUAAAGCGGUGAGAAAUGUGUUUUGGGGAGAGCAUGGGGAUAGUUUAGCCAUAUCGACACCUCACAAUUCAAGCAAAAACGAUUCUACGUCAUCCUCUGCUUCUAAACGCAAGUGCUCUGAGUUAUCAGACGUCGAAUUGAGUCCACUGAACCAUAAAAAGUAUAAAUACGGAGAAAGAAUUUGCGGUAGACCACCUCUCCGUAGAAGUAAGACCUGGGGUGUUUCAAAUAUUAGGAGUUCACUAUCAGCUGGACAGCAGUCAUUGAUCAAAGAGGUCUCUUUGUGUCAAGAUGAAGCCAUGAAUCUUAGCUUUUAA